AUGAUCCUUAGCUGGAACCGGUUUAGUGGUUCUAUACCAUCUGGAAUAGGGAAUUUGAAAUAUUUGGAAAGUUUGAAACUUAGUUCUAGCAACCUCACUGGUCCAAUUGCCACAUCUUUAGGUGGUCUUGUGAGAAUAAAAGAUAUUGACUUGUCACACCACCGCUUGAGUGGAAGCAUCCCAGUGGAGAUCUGUGCCCUUUUCACACUAACUUCUUUGGACCUCAGUCACAACUCACUUGUCGGAGAAUUACCUUCUUCACUUGGUAACCUCACAAAGUUGACCACCUUGAACCUUGCAUAUAACAAUCUUGGCAGUAGCAUCAUCUCUUCCUUUCUACUCCACUUCGAGAAUAAUUCACUUGAUCUUGAUGGAAAUGAACAUUUAUGUGCGUAUGAAGACCUCAUACGAGCAACAGAGCAAUUUGAUAUCAGGUAUUGCACUGGUACUGGUGGUUAUGGAAGUGUUUACAAAGUACAACUCCCUAAUGGUAAAGUAGUUGCCUUGAAGAAACUUCACACUUCUAAGUCUGGACAACCGGCUUUGAGAAAGAGUUUUACAAAUGAGGUGAAAACAUUGACAGCAUAA